GCGACAGCGGCGUCCCGGGCCCCGCCUCGCCCCGCGCGGACCCCUCCCCGACGGGCCCCCAGCCCUCCCCGCAAGGCGGCCGGGCGCAAGCGCAGGCGCAGCCGCCGCGGCGGGGCGGGGCGCUACCGAGCGGAGGGGGCGGGGUCGCGAACUCUGACCUCCGGGAGCCGGAGCCGCCGCCACCACCACCAAAUAAACCCGCCGGAGAGGCCGCUGGGUGUUGGGACCCUCAGGUUCAUCUGUAAGAUCAAAAAAUAAGUGUGUCUAAGCUCCAGCUCACCUCGCAACAAUUUACAGAGCUGCGGGAAAGUAUGGGAGACUUCAGAUGGCUUAAGAUAUAAAUUUCUGCUGCUGUGGAAGGGUGUGAUCCUCUCCACCACUGGUACAGCAGUAGCAUUUGCAUGGAAGUUCUGGUGAUUAAAGAUCAUGGCAACCGUAGAGGAACUGGCCCAUCAAAUUUUUGAACAGCAAAUGGGAGAGAUUACCCAUUCCCAGGGAGCUGUUACACAAACACUAAUGGAUGGGAUAGCACAACGAAUACAGAUUGUCCCUGCAGAUUCAGGCCUCUCUUUACCACAACGUAUACAGAUUGUCACAGAUCAGCAGACGGGCCAGAAGAUUCAGAUUGUUACAGCACUUGAUCAGAGCUCAGCAGGCAAGCAGUUCAUCUUAACAAAUCAUGAUGGCUCUACCCCAAGCAAGGUGAUCCUUGCCAGACAAGAUUCCACUCCAGGAAAAGUUAUCCUAGCAACUCCAGAUGCUGCAGGUGUCAACCAACUGUUUUUUGCAUCCCCUGAUAUAUCUGCACAACACAUCCAGAUUUUAACAGACAACUCUCCCAAUGAACAGAGCCUAAAUAAAGUGUUUGAUCUGUGUGUUGUAUGUGGAGACAAGGCAUCAGGGCGUCACUAUGGAGCAGUAACUUGUGAGGGAUGCAAAGGAUUCUUUAAAAGGAGUAUACGGAAGAAUUUAGUGUAUUCGUGCCGAGGAACAAAAGACUGUGUCAUUAACAAACACCACCGGAAUCGAUGUCAGUACUGUAGGCUGCAGAGAUGCAUCGCGUUUGGGAUGAAACAAGAUUCUGUACAGUGUGAGAGGAAACCUAUUGAAGUAUCAAGAGAAAAAUCUUCAAACUGUGCAGCUUCUACAGAAAAGAUCUACAUUCGGAAAGAUCUUCGUAGUCCAUUAGCUGCAACUCCAACUUUUGUAACAGACAAUGAAACAGCAAGAUCAACAGGUCUGCUGGAAUCAGGAAUGUUUGUUAACAUUCAUCAGUCUGCAAUAAAAAGUGAGCCUACUGUGCUGAUGACUCCAGAUAAGGUUGAAGCAUGCCAGGGAGAUUUAAGUACACUGGCAAACGUGGUGACUUCAUUAGCAAAUCUCAGUAAAUGCAAAGACAUGUCACAAAGCAGUACAGAGCUAUCUAUGAUUGAGAGUUUAAGUAAUGGAGAUGCAUCAUUAUCUGAACUCCAGCAAGAAGAGCAAGGUAGUAGUGAUGUUACAAGGGCAUUUGACACUCUUGCAAAAGCACUAAAUCCAGGAGAGAGUGCAGCGUGCCAGAACUCUGAAAGUAUUGAAGCCAGCGUACAGCUCAUUGGUGGAGAAACAAGCAUGAAUGUCGUUGAAAUAGAGGGGCCACUACUCAGUGAUGCACAUGUAGCAUUCAGGCUCACCAUGCCUUCUCCUAUGCCUGAAUAUCUUAACGUUCACUAUAUCUGUGAGUCUGCCUCCAGGUUGCUUUUCUUGUCCAUGCACUGGGCACGUUCCAUUCCAUCUUUCCAAGCUUUAGGACAGGAUAACAGCAUAUCAUUAGUAAAAGCCUGCUGGAACGAACUUUUUACGCUUGGUCUUGCACAGUGCUCACAAGUUAUGAAUGUGGCAACUAUAUUAACUGCAUUUGUUAAUCACCUUCAUGGCAGUUUACAGCAAGAUAAGCUGCCAACAGACAGAGGAAAAUUAGUAAUGGAGCAUAUCUUCAAAUUGCAAGAGUUCUGUAACAGCAUGGUUAAGCUUUGCCUAGAUGGAUAUGAAUAUGCAUAUUUGAAAGCAAUCGUCCUCUUCAGUCCUGAUCACCCAGGUCUAGAAAAUGUGGUGCAGAUUGAGAAAUUUCAAGAAAAAGCUUACAUGGAGUUCCAAGACUAUGUAACAAAAGCAUAUCCGGAUGAUACUUACAGACUGUCUAGACUUCUUCUCCGAUUGCCUGCUCUUAGGCUGAUGAGUGCUGCCAUCACUGAAGAGCUAUUCUUCGCAGGACUAAUUGGAAAUGUUCAGAUUGAUAGCAUCAUCCCAUAUAUUCUACGAAUGGAGACAGCGGACUACAACUCUCAGAUAAUUGGUCAUGCUGUAUAAAAGUAGCAAUCAAGGAUUCUGCACCAUGGCAGUCAUGGUGAUGUAAAUGCAUACCCUGUCUCCAAGAGAUGGCAAUAAGCCUUCCCGUGCACCUUUCCAAAGAAGGCUAAUAUUCCUCCUUUCCAGUACACUUGGGAAACGUGAUGGAGUGUAUUAAGGAAUAUAGGAUCGCUUCCUAUAUUUCAUCUGAUCUUCAAGGACUUGUAAAUUAACUUGAUAUCUGAAGAAAGUCAAGAAUUGUCCAUCCUAUUUUUGUAGAUAGAUGAACUUGGAAUAUUUGUUUAUGAAGUCCAGGCUUGUGAAGAAACUGAAGAAGCUUUGACUGAACUAAGGUAUCUCAAAUUAGUUUGAUGUUUUAGACAAAUAAAUUAACUUUCCUCUCUGA